UUCCUUCAUGCGGAACAAUUUCAGCACUCGCUGUUCACACGGAACACAUUAUGUUCGGACCAAGUGAGCGGAAGUUGUGUUGCUUCAUUCCUUGCUUGCUUGCGGAGGUCGAGUGGAGUUGAUCUCGCUUUUCAGGGUCGAGUAGGAUAGACGUUGCUUGCUGUGUAUCAGCUGGGAUUGUGGAGGAGCUGCUCUGCAAUUCACAGUCAUGGUGAAAAAGAAGCCCCCUCGCCUCAUAGCCGAAAUGGCUCGGAAGAUCCGGGCGUACCGAGAGCUGAAGUCCCGGCCGCGGGACUCCCAGAAGUACGCUCUGGACUAUGAUACAAUGAGGCGGCCUCACACGGGGAAGAUGCUACCCGUGAUGGCCUGGCAAGAUGUCCGCAGGGAGUCUCGCCUCUUCUCCCUGCUGGCAGGUAUGAGGCUGUUCGGAGUGGGACGCCUCUUCACCCGCAAGUCCUGGCUGGAGGACCACGCAGAGCCCAGCUACUGGCAGAUCACCAAGGUUAAAGUGGACUACACAGCUGAGAACAUGGAUCAUGGCAAGGCAUGGGGGAUCCUCACAUACAAAGGAAAACAGGAGAACGAGGUCAAGGAAGUGAACAAGGUGAUGUAUCAUGACUGGCGCCUGGUUCCUAAACACAUAGAGCAACAGUUUAGGGACUUUGAGCCACUCCCUGAGCCACCUGUGCGCUAUGUCCCCUAUCCUCCGCUGCUCCGUGCCAUGAUGCUAGCCCAGCACAAGAAAGCCUAUGGUAGUAUACUGACCGAGGAGCCUGCCUUGCCUCUGAAGACGGAUGUCCUUUUCAGAAAAGACUAUUUUCUUAAGCAGGAACAAGAGAGGCAGAGGGAGGCUGGGACAGAGGUGUGAUGCUCCUCUGUGAAUGUGGUCCUUGGACAUUUUGAACAAAAUCAGUGUUGACAGAAGCAGCCAGCGUGCCCUUGCCUCAAAGAUUCAUUCUGGACUCAAAUGACUUCUCUGCUAUUUUCAUCUGAAGCAGGCCUCUGUGGGUGUAAUGUGUCACAGUGUGAUGUGCUAAAUAUUAAACUUAAUUUUGAUUUGA